UCAUGCCCCACGCCCACACAAAAAAAUUAACACGCGCACACGCACACGCACACGCACACACACUUAUUUUUCUGUUUUUUUUUUUCUUUCUCUUUCUUCAUAUCUCUCAUAGCUCGUUUCCGAAACUUCAACGACAUUGCCUUGUCGCAGAAAAAAACAGUCCCCCACCGAAUUUUUGGUCUUUUUGUGUUUGUUCGGAAAAAAAUAAAGAGUUCGGAAAUUCCCCAAGUCUUACACUCCUCUUGACUCUGCGAGCUUCUAGGUUUUAUUUUUUAUUUUUUAUUAGCUUCUUCUUCUUUGUCGCAGAGUCAAGAUGAGCUCGGUUGUGCAGGGUUUUUCUAAGUCGCUUGCCAUGACUGUGCUCUCUGAGAUCGGUGACAAGACUUUUUUUGCUGCCGCGAUCUUGGCUAUGCGCCACCCGAGAAGACUUGUUCUAUCUGGUUGUCUUUUAGCUUUGAUUGUCAUGACUAUUCUUUCUGUUCUUGUUGGAUGGGCUGCUCCAAGCCUGAUCUCAAGGAAAUGGACUCAUCAUAUUACAACAUUGUUGUUCUUCAUCUUUGGGCUAUGGUCUUUGUGGGAUGCCUUUACCAGCGACGGGGAGGCUGAAGAAUUGGCAGAAGUUGAAGCAAAAUUGGAUGCUGAUAUAAAGAAUAAUAAAGAGACCACCAAGCAGAAUAGUAAGGAUGAUGAUGAUUUGAAAAAGCAGAGACAACCAUUGCUCGCGCAGUUCUUGUCACCAAUUCUUUUGAAGGCAUUUUCCAUUACUUUUUUUGGUGAAUGGGGUGACAAGAGCCAGCUUGCUACUAUUGGUUUGGCUGCUGAUGAGAAUCCAUUGGGUGUGGUUCUUGGUGGAAUUAUUGGACAAGCAUUGUGUACAACAGCUGCUGUUCUUGGGGGAAAGAGCUUGGCAUCUCAGAUAUCUGAGAAAAUAGUUGCUUUAUCGGGUGGACUUCUUUUUAUUGUUUUUGGAAUCCAGUCUUUCCUUUCACCAUUUGAGUCAUAAAGUCAUCAUUUCUAUGGUCCAUGGCUGGCCUAACCUCGUUUGUUUUGUGGCGGCCCUAGGCAACAAAGAAAAAGUGGGGCCAUUUUUAACCACAUAGUACUUAUAAUAUCAAUAAUAUUGUUCAAUUCAGGUCAACAAUGUAUUUUAUUUAAUUUAUUUUUCGUCAUCCACGAUGAAUAUAGUGGGAAUGUUUGGCUUGAAGAAAGCACUGCUUUAUACAAGGAGAUGUCAAUUAAAUUUUUUUUUUUUUUGGUUAAA